AUGGCGCUGAAUUCCAUCCCCAAUAGCAAGGUGCCUGGUGGGGAUGGUCUCCCUGGGGAAUUCUACAAGAAACAUGGGGAAUUAUUACUUCCACACCUGCUAGCAGUUUUUAAAGAUGCGUAUCAAGAGGUGGAUGUAAAACUUCUGGCUAAAGUUCUGGCCAAUCGUUUAAAUAGGGUCAUUCAGACUAUAAUCCACGAUGAUCAAUAUGGAUUUAUGCCUGGUAAAUCUACGGCCUUGAACCUUAGACGGUUAUUCUUGAAUCUUCAGCUGGAGGGUGGAGAUAGACAGGAUAGGACCACGGGGCUAGGUGCUAGCCGGAGCAUUGGAGGAUCCCGUGACGCCUGGGCGCAAGGCUCACGAGGCCGGAGUCGGAGGGACUACUGGGCCACACUCCCUCAUAAAGGCCCUGACCAUUGGCAUAAAGUUUAUCCUAUUGCCCAAGGAAACUUCCAGUCUCCCAUAGACAUUAGAAGCAAAGAGGCAAAGUUUGAUGCGUCCUUGAAGUCUCUUAGCAUCAACUACAGUCCAUCUUCCAUCAAAUCUAUCAUUAACAUUGGGCAUUCUUUCCAUGUCAUUUCUGAAGACACUGCAGACAUCUCAGUGGUUAAAGGAGGCCCCCUCAGUGCUAGCUACAGGCUGAUCAAUUUCCACUUCCAUUGGGGUCCAACUAAUGAUUUGGGAUCAGAGCACACUGUGGAUGGGAAGGCGUAUUCAGCAGAGCUGCAUCUUGUCCACUGGAAUGCAGAAAAAUAUCCCAGUUUUGCCGAGGCCUCUAAAAAUCUUGAUGGAUGCGCUGUACUGACUGUUUUCUUACAGGUUGGUGGUGCGCAUUCUGGUCUACAAAAAGUGGUGGAUGCACUAAGCCAAAUUAAAGCUAAGGGCAAACAAGCAGCUUUUGCCAACUUUGAUCCAUCUACCUUGCUACCUACAUCAAAAGACUACUGGAGUUACCUUGGAUCCUUGACCCAUCCACCACUGAACGAGUGUGUCACCUGGAUUAUAUUCAAAGAGCCGAUCAGUAUAAGCCCUGACCAGCUGAACCAAUUCCGUGGUCUCCUCUCAUCAGCUGAUGGAGAAAAGGAAAGUCCAAUCUUGGACAAUCACCGCCCACCUCAACCACUGAAGGGCAGAGAAGUCAGAGCUUCCUUCUCAUGAACAUGCAGUGUACGCAUGGCACAAUCCAGAGCAUAUUAAUUACAUUUAUCUCAUCUAGUGCAGAGCAAAUCCAAUGGUGUCACCCAGGCAGAUGUAGCACUCAACCAGGAGGAUAAAAUAGCUGA